AGGUGUAAAUGAAUGAAAUACACGGUACGUAGUCCGGGUCGAAUGUUGGAUGAAAGAGGCAACAGUAUUUUAGUUGUUGGGGGGAUAAAGAUUUGUGACAAAACUCAGAAUGGAGAAGAAAGAAUACAGACUUGUUUUGCCUGUACCUAUGUAUCACAACGACUAUAAUAUAUGGUCAGUGUUAAAAAAUUGCAUUGGUAAAGAAUUAAGCAAAAUCACCAUGCCUGUCGUUUUCAACGAACCGCUGAGCUUCCUUCAAAGAAUGACCGAAUACAUGGAGUAUUCGUAUCUGUUGAGACUAGCUGCUGAACAGCCAGAUCCAGUCACCAGAAUGACAUAUGUUGCUGGAUUUGCCGUCAGUGCGUUAGCGUCGAAUUGGGAACGUCUAGGAAAACCGUUUAACCCAUUAUUGGGCGAAACGUAUGAAUUAGAACGAGAAGAUUUUAAAAUAAUUUGCGAGCAAGUCAGCCAUCAUCCGCCAGUGUCGGCUUUUUAUGCUGAACACGCAGACACAUGGGCUUUUCACGGUAGUAUUCAUCCUAAAUUAAAGUUUUGGGGCAAAAGUGUAGAAAUACAACCUAAAGGAGUUGUUACUGUUGUUUUUCCAAAAUUGAAUGAGGCCUAUACAUGGAGCAAUGUACAAUGUUGUGUGCAUAAUAUAAUUGUUGGGAAAUUAUGGAUGGAACAGUGCGGUAAUAUGGAAAUAACUAAUUCAGUAACUGGUCAUAAAGCGCACCUAACCUUUAAACCCGCUGGCUGGAACAAUAAGGAUCUUCAUAAAGUGGAAGGAUAUAUUGCAGACAAAUUUAAAAACAAACUUCACUACGUUUAUGGGAAAUGGACGGAAUUUAUAAAAUGCAUCGAAUAUUCCGCGUAUGAGGAAUAUGUUAAGGAGCAUGCUCAUAAAUUUAAAAAAGACGGUGACCGCAGCAAAAGUCCAAAUGAUUCUCCAUCGCAUACAUCCAGAAAAGUUUUACAAAAAUUAAACAGUCUUAAAGUUAGCUCAUUCAAAUCAAACUCAGUUACUCAGGAGAGUUUCGACGAAUCUGGGGGACCCCCAGAAUGUUCAGAUGGUGAAGUUCCAAAAAGUGAUUCAGCUUACUCCAUUGACAUACCAAAUUCCACCACCAUAUGGAAAGUAAAACCAAGGCCAUUACAAACCGAUGAUUAUUACAAAUUUACGGAAUUCGCAAUGUCUCUCAAUGAAGUGGAGCAGGGAAUGGAUACAAACCUACCUCCAACAGAUUCGAGGUUAAGACCUGACAUAAGAAAAUUGGAACAAGGUGAUAUCGACGGAGCUGCCAUUGAAAAAACUAGACUUGAAGAAAAGCAAAGGGACGUUAAUAGGCACCGUAAAAGCAAAAAAACAACUGAGUGGGCACCCAGGUGGUUCCAUCAAGGUACUAACCCAUACACAAAACAAGAUGAUUGGAUUUACAAUGGAAACUACUGGAAAAGACAAUACGGAGAUAAUCCAGACAUUUUUUAACCCGUCGUUUGAUAACACAAUAAUUAUAAUAGUGUCGUAGUAUCCAGUGCCAAAUGCACACUACCCAAAUAGGUACAUACAUGUAGAAAGCAUUAAGAGCUUCGUUCUCUAAAGCAAGAAUAGAAGAGUAUACUCAUAAAAUACAGUAGGUAUUUGCAAUAACAUUAGGCUAUUGUUGUAGUACAAACAGUACAAAUACUUAAAUAGUUUAUCAUAUCAAUAGAAUUAUGGUAUGAUAAUAGGAUUGGUG